GAUGAACGGGAUGGGUUUCUCGACAACAUCCUCACGCCUGGCUCCUCGCUGAACCCGACCUUCCUCUUCAUCGUAGACGGUGCACUCGGCUUGCUCCUGGUCGUGCUGCUCUCGCUCUUUAUACUCACUCGCGGCAACAUGCAUUUACUGUUCUUGAUGAUUAUCGAGUGCUGUUUAUGGGCAAGCAUCAAGUGGUGUGUGGAG